CCAACUCCUGUGUUUCGUUGUACCCAACACACCAGAGCUGCAUGUCCGGUUGCAUAUGCAAUAAGCGGGCUGCCAAUGUCAUUAUUUUUGGGGCUACAUAGCUACCUACACUGCUGACACAAGUCAUCUUUUCAGGCUCAGGCAUAGACUAGAUCUUCCAAGUCCAACAUUUGAAUCGGCGAAGAAAUUUUGCUGCGUUUGGCAUGCCAAAUUAACCUUCACCUGGCGUCAAGAUGGCUCUCAUCAUCGAUGGUUACGAUAAAUUCGCGGCCUUCAUCACGUGGCACCCAUCAGUACAAUUCAUCCAUCUCCAAUGGACAGACUACACUUCCACCGUCCGGGUCCGGAUUCUCACCCUCCGCCACUUCCAGGCCCUUCUCAAAGCCAAAUCAAACCUUGCCCUAUGCCGACACUAUCUGUGCCUCAUUGACAUCGGGCUCCCACUCACAAACGUCGACCCUGGCCGCCCUGCAGGACAGAGCUUCCUCCUCCCCGACUUCAACACCAUCCACCUUUACCCGAGCCUGAACACCGCAGAAGAACACGCCGUUAUUUUAUGCUACUUUGGCAACGGAACCCCCCUCCAUCAAGACAUGCACCACUCCACCCUCACCCUUUCCGCCCCCUUCUGCCCCCGCCGCGCUCUGCUCCAAGCCAUCCAAGCAGGCGAGGAAAUCGGCCUCUACUUCCGAGUCGGCUUCGAGCUCGAAUUCAGUGCCGUUCAGCCCAAACACAGUGCCAAAGCAGCAGAAAUCCACGCCUCCUCCGGCCUCCGCGCCAUAGAGUCCUUCAUGCUUCCCGUGCUAUCCACCAUCACCAAACAGCUCGAGUCCGCGGCAAACGUCCCCGUUGAACAAUUCCACUGCGAGGGAAGCGACAAUGCCUACGAGCUGGUGCUAGGCCACUUGGCCCCCAUGGAAGCAGUAGACGGUCUCGUCACCGCCAAGGAGACCACCCGACGAGUGUGUAGGGAGAAUGGGAUUGAGGUGCUGUUUAAUCCCACCAUGCCCGAGAUCAACGGGUUGCACACGAAUAUUUCGGUGCAGAGUCUGCAGGGUGAGAUUGGGGAGGUGGAGGAGAGCUUUCUUGCUGGGAUGAUGAAGCAUUUGGGGGCGUUGUGCGCGUUUGCUAUGCCUAGGCCGGAGGGGUAUGCCCGGACGAGGGCGGGGCAAUGGUGCGCGGGGAGGUGGGUUUCUUGGGGGACGGAUAACAGGGAGGGGCCGGUUAGGAAGAGGGGGAGGGGGUGUUGGGAGGUGAGAUUGCCGGAUGCGUCGGCGCAGAUGUAUUUGUUCGUGGCGGGGCUGGUGAUCGCUGGGGUGGAGGGUGUGAGGAGGGGGUUGGAGUUGGGGGUGAGGGAUUGCCAGGUUGAUGUGGCGAUGUUGACGGAGGAGGAGAGGCUGGAGCUUGGGGUGACCGAGCAGCUUCCUACUAAACCCGACGAGGCGUUUCAGCUGCUUCUGAAGGACGAGUUGUUGAUGCAAAGUAUUGGGGAGGACUUGCUGACGAUGUAUGUGACCAUCCAGGAGUUGUACAACAAGAAAUUGGCGGAGGUCGGACCUGAAGGUUCGGAGGAGAGGAAAGCGUGGCUUAUGGCUCGGAUUUGAUUCAGGAUAUCCGUUCAGUAGGUAGUCCAAAUAAAUAUGUUAUCUGAACCUUUAUCACCAC